AUACUGAAUGUUAAUAUGGGUAAUAUCUACUUCCAUCAAGAAAAGUAUGACAGAGCAAUUAAAAUGUACACAAUGGGUUUGGACAAGAUAUCAAAUACUUAUAAUAUGACGAGAAUAAAGGUGAUGCAGAACAUUGCACUCGCGUUCGUGAAAUUAAAGCAGUACAACGAUGCCAUAGCUUUGUACGAGCAGAUCUUGCAAAUAGAGCCCGAUUUAAGAACAGCAUUGAAUUUAAUCCUCUGCUACUUCAAAGUUGGCGAUAGAUGUAACAUGAAGUAUACAUUUCAAAGGUUACUGAAAGUGGAUCUACAUCUCGAUAAUGAGGAUCGCUAUCUUCCUCAGUCGGCAAGUUUACCUGAUGAUUACAGAUCGAGUCCAGCUCUAAAUGAAGAUAGAAAGUAUGAAAGCAUUCUUGAAGUGAUAAAGAACGAUGAACUCUGGUGGUAUGAGAAGGAUAAGAAAGCGCAUGCGGAAUCAGUCAUUAGAAGGGUGGCCAAAAUAAUUGCACCAGUAGUUGAACUAAAUUUCAAUCAUGGCUACAUCUGGUGUAUUGAGCAGACAAUGAAUUCUCGGUACUUGGAAUUGCAGAACGAUUUGAAGAUCGACAAAGCUUUGAUGCACCUGAGACAAAGGGACUUUCAUAAGGCAAUAGAGACUCUGAAGUCGUUUGAAAAUAAGGGCUCGAAAAUAGCCUGCACUGCGGGUGUAAACCUCUCAUUUCUCUACUUCUUGGAAGGAGAUUUUGUUCAGGCUGAUCGAUAUGCUGAUAUAGCACUUGCAGCCGAUAGAUACAGUCCAGCAGCUCUGGUAAAUAAGGGAAAUAUCCUUUUCAAACAAGCCCAACUAGAACGUGCUCGUGACUGUUACCUUGAGGCUUUGCAAGACGAUCCAACGUGUGUGGAAGCACUCUACAACCUCGGACUGGCAGCAAAACAGAUGAACAGACUGGAGGAGUCAUUAGACGCCAUUUCCAAAAUUCAUGCUAUUCUUCCAGCAAAUGCCCAAAUUAUUUAUCAGAUUAUGGAUAUUUACGAACGAAUUGGCAGUUUUGAACAGUCACAUGAUAGCUUUAUUCAGCUGCAAGGAUUAGUGCCAUCGGAUGCCUUCCUACUACAGUAUUGUGGAGAGAGCUUCGAAAGAAUUGGUGACAAAUCGCAGGCCUUCUCCUAUUACUAUGAUUCUUUCAAGCAUUAUCCCUGCAACAUUGAUGUGAUUGAGUGGUUAGCUGCCUACUACAUUGAAUCACAGCUUUAUGAAAAAUCCAUUACUUUCUUCAAACAGGCCGUUCUAAUGCGACCAAAUGAAAUAAAAUGGCAAUUGAUGAUUGCUUCUUGCUACCGCAAAAGUGGUAACUUCCAAAAGGCGUUUGAGGUUUAUAAGAAGAUUCACAAUAAGUUCCCCGAUAGCAUUGAGUGUCUGCAAUUUCUUGUGCGAUUACAAUCCGAUACGGACUUGCCUGAAGCUGAUAUGUACAUGGACAAAUUGGAUAAGGCAAUAAAACUUCGAGAAGCAAAAGAACAGCGUCUACUUUCCGCUUCUCGUAGACAGUCCCCGAGUCUCAGCUUAGUCGGAGGACUGAAUGAGAGUCGGGAAAAUAUCAGUGGGGGAAGUUUUCGAUCAAUCAGAAGAUCUUCUACACCAUUUCGGGCCAGCAGAAUAUCAAAGACCCCUUCCAAUUCCUCUCUCCGAUCCUUGCAAGAUUGUCUUGAGAGUGAAAGGGAAUGUGAACUCCGAACACCACAAGGACUUAGUCGAAGAUCUAUUAGUCCAUACACUAGUAUCGUGAAUUAUUCAGAUGCGUUGGGACCUACAUUAGAUCGACCUCGAACCAGGACUAAAAAUCGAAAUUCUGUAGUGAAUGAAUUUGCUGAUGAUGUUGCUAAUGAUGAUCGCAUUCCCGAAUGA